UUUACCCACCCGGAUCGAACCACCCGGGCAAACUCACCCUUGCUGCCAGCGGCGACGACAAAAACAGAACAAGGACGAGCUGGACGAAAUUCACUACAAGGAGGGAAGCUAUCGUCGCGCAGUCGCCCAUUACACCCCAUCGAUUGCCCUCCCGACCGAGACACAUCACCUCCCCGGGGAACCGUGAUACUUUCGAAACCUGACACCUCCCAGUCCGCCGACCCUCCCUCCGCUUGAUGGCCGCAAUGGCGGCUCAGAAUCCGACCGGCGGCGCCCCCGAGGGCCUGCCGAUGCCCUCGCGCAACCCGCUCCCUCUAUCGGCCUCGCAGGAGGCGCAGAUCAGAGACAUCUACUACGCGCGCGUCCGCAACGCCUGCGCGCCCGAGAUCAAGGCCUUCGCGGACUGCGCCCUAAACCGGACCUUCACCGUCUCCUUCGUCUGCCGCACGCAGCUGCGCGCCAUGAACGGUUGCAUGAAGUCACACGCGACGCCCCAGGAGCACGAUGCCGCGCGCGAGGAGUGGUUCGCCAAGCGCCUCGAACGGCAAAAGGAGCGCGAGCGCAAAGCUGUGAAGAAGUCGCAGCAAGAGGACUUUAUCCGCGAGUGGUGGGGGUUGCCCGAAAAGGAUAUCGAGACGAGGAGGAAAGAGGAGGAGAAGAUGCGCAUGGCCGAGAGGGUAGGCGGGUACGCCGCCAAAGACCGGAAGAGGGCAGAGGAGCAGGCGGCGGCGGCGGCGGCGGAAAAGAGGUGAGGAUGCGGUAUGAGGUUACCCGCAUAUAAAAUAACCGGAGAGAGGGGCGAAGAGGUUAGAUGCAUGCGUUGAGCGUUCUGGAUUUACGGCUUGGGACACCCUGCUCUAUGGCGCGGACAUUCGGCUUGUACAAAUACAACUUACACAAACACACACACACACACACCAUGUAAACUAUAGCAACCCAAAAUCGGGGCUGAAGCCGGUAACGAUACGACGGGUCAUUAUCAAAGAUACGUUAGCGAGGCCUGUCCACGGCCAAUAAGCUUGUAUUCUCUAGCAGCGCAAGUCACGUCUUGGAGAUGCCUGCACGUAGUCUAAGC